AUGACUUCUUGGAAAAAAACAAUAACAUCUCCUUUUAAGAAAGCUUGUACUUUCUUCAAUCAGCAGCAACCGCAACCGGUUAGCAGAGACAAGAAAUCCCAGCCAGGGAAUGAAAACAGGGCGAUGGACCUGCAUGGUGAAGUAAUGGCAUGCGGUUAUGAAGAUGUACAAGUGAUGUGGUCGAUUCUGGACAAGUCCAAGACCGCCACCUGCGAUAUGACUACUUCUUGA